AUGGUAUACAUCUCUCUUCGCGCCGGCACGCCUGCCCUGUGCCUCCGCCGCCUCCGCAGCCUACAAUCAGCCCGAUUUACCCGCAUCACCGCACCAUCUCGCGCUCUUUCUAGCGCCCUGGCCAAGGACACUGGCAGAAAUAGCACCAGAAAAAGCAAUGCCCAAACUACACGCCCUUCUAUUCAAUUCCAAACCCUCACAAUCCAAAACCCACAACCACUCCUGACCAGAGCAUACUCAAGCACACCCCGCAAACCAACAGCAGACCUCCUAAUCGAAGAAAUCCAAGACCUCUACGAAAUCGCCAAAGACGAAUUCGAAAUAGCCACCGACAGCACAGACGGUGCAACAAUCUACGCCGCGUCGGACCGCGAAUCUGCGCGCGAUGCGUUGAACCAGCUCUGCGCCGCGUAUCAUUUGUACACGGCUCGGCCGGGCGAGGAUGUUGAUAGUGGUGUUAGAUUGGCUGGGAAUGAAGGAGAGGGAGAGAAUGGGUCCGGGGAGGAUAGAACUGUCGUUGAGACGAAUUUUAAUCCGGAGGAUGUUGGGAAAGACGUGCGUGAUGAGGUUAGGAGGAGGGUUGGGCAGCGGAUUAGAGAGUUGAGGAAUGCGGUUGAGGUUCUUGAGGAGAGGGCUCAUGCUGAGUAG